GUCAGAGCCUCUUCCCAGGCAGGAGCGCACACACAGCUCGGCCCUGCUGGUGUCUCCACUUGCAGCACACACCUGGUGGGCUGGGGUCUGUGACUGAGCUGGAGCAGGUGCUCUGUCUGUGACCCCAAGUGACUCUGCAGUCAUGCUACAGUUGCUUCCAUUCUGGUGCCCUGUUCUUAAGAGCUGCCAGUGUGGAGACUGUCCAGCCUCAGGGACAGGAAAAUAACAUCUGGGAGACAACCAAGCAUCCUCAGUGAAACCCCCACUGCUACUAAAUCUGAAGAUGGACAUAUUGUGCUGAAUUUUUUCAACUCUGGUAAGAAGAAAAGCUGUGGCAGGAAACUGUGCUUCAGACGUGCCCACUCAAUACCAUGACGUCUGGAAAGGGCAAAGGAGGUGCUGAUUCCUACAUUUCAUGCCACAUAGACUCUGAGUUUCGCUACAACCUCUUCACUGUUUUCUACAGUAUUAUCUUCAUUCUGGGCUUUGUUGCCAACUGCUAUGUUCUCUGGAUUUUCAGCCGUAUUUACCCCACCAAGAAACUCAAUGAAAUCAAGAUAUUCAUGGUGAACCUAACAGUAGCUGACUUGCUCUUCUUAGUUACAAUGCCAAUGUGGAUUGUUUAUUACCACCACCAUGGAGACUGGAUCAUGCCUGAGUUCCUUUGUAAUGUGGCUGGCUGUUUAUUUUUUGUUAAUACCUACUCCUCUGUUGCUUUUCUAAUGGUCAUCACAUACAACCGUUACCAAGCUGUGACUAAUCCUAUUAAAGCUGCUCAGCUGACCACCCAGAGAAGAGGAAUCUACCUCUCAGCAGCUAUCUGGAUCCUAAUAGUGGGCAGCUCUUUGUAUUACCUUUUUGACAAUAAUACUAAUCAGGAGCAGGUUAACUCCAGGAAUUUCACACGGUGCUUUGAGCGCUAUGACUCCUCGAGUGGUGUUUCAGCUGUUCUCGCCAUUCAUGUCAUCAUCUGCAUCCUCUUCUAUAUAAUUUUCCUUUUAAUACUAGGUUGGAACAUUGUCAUUAUCAGGACCUUGUUCUCCAAGUCAGUGCAUCCACGGAAGAGCGCUCACGUCAAGCAAAGGGCCCUCUGGAUGGUGUGCACAGUGCUGGCUGUGUUCAUCAUUUGCUUUGUGCCCCAUCACAUCGUGCACCUGCCCUGGACUCUGACUGUUCUGGAGCAGUGGAAGAAGGAAAACUGUCAGCUGCGCCAACAGCUCAAUGAUGCUCACCAGGUGACUUUGUGUCUCUUGAGUACGAACUGUGUGUUGGACCCGAUCAUUUACUGCUUCCUCACCAAGAAGUUCCAGAAGCAUGUUUCAGAAAACCUGAAAAGCAUGAAAGGGAGUCGCAAAUGCUCCAGGCAAACAACAGACACGGUGAUUGAGGGCACCAUUCACCAAGAGGAUGCCAUUAGGAUAGGUUAGGACCACUCUGUAUGUUCUAAUUGCACAUGGAGAGGUGUGAAUUAUUUGCUCAUCUUGAGUUGUUGACACAACAGACGACAAGGAUUUUACAUUUUCUUCUUCCCAUUAGACAGAAGAACGGAUGUUAAUUUCUUCUGUCACAUGCAACGGGCAGAGCUGGAACCUGCAAUAAUCUGGCAGCAAAGCUCGUUCUAUCCGGGCUGGUGCUCUUAUGGGCACUGAGAACAGCUCAGAUGUCAGUUUUAACGUGAAAGAAGCACGUCACUGAGCCUCUGCAGUGAGCAGCUAGAAGCUGAGUGCACCAAAAUUAGCCAUUGAGUCAGUCCAGAUAGCACCAUCCCUGCUCCUCUGCCUGCCCAGCUCUCGCAGUGGAUCCAGUAUUAGAGCUGUAAGGGACUUCUAAAAGACCUGGAAGAACAGAUUGAGCUCUGAGUAUCAUUGUGUGGCUUUUCUAAGCAGCUUACAUGAUCCUGUGAAGAGAGUAUGAGCUGAUGAAGCUCUUGAGUGGCUGUAAGGGAUGUAGUCCACGGAAUUCCUCAACUGCUGUCAAAUAUCUGCACCUCCAAUCCCUUCAUCCCUUCUUAGUGACUCAUGUGGUCUGCUGGGAUCUAAACUUGAUAGAUGUCUGGGAGAAGCUAUUAUGAAUCUUUGCUUCCAGAUCUUGAGUCAGUAAAGCAGAGAAGGAAAGGAAGAGAAAUUGGCAGGGCCUCAGCACACCUCCCCUCUCCCUCCACCCGAUCAGCAUUAUGGCCAAAGGGUACCAAGGUCUGCCCUGGCUUCCUGUGUGAGGGCAGAACUGGCCAGCCAGUGGCCUCAUGCACUCAAUUUAGAAAUUUCUGACAGACAGCCAGUCUUGCUCAGGAGGCUCCAGAUAACAGAGGGCUACUGUCAGCAUGGGCAUUAUGAUAAAGAAAAAAAAAAAAAGCUUAAAAUGCUUCUGUAUCUUUGUACUUAUUUAUUCAAAUUAGGGUUGUAGCCAUUACAUAUUCCUUCCUCCAGCCUUUCCAGUUCUGCUGCAAAUAAUUGAAGCUGACUAGUUCUUGAUCUACAGCAAGUGAAGUGUUAGGUCAGGACACUUGACAGACAAAUAAUUCACACACUUCAACAGCACUGGAGGCCACUGACCCAGGGCCGGAUGCAGUCUACUGGGGCCCAGAGAAAAGUGGUUUUCCAUGAGUGCUGAGUUCUGUUACCAGUCAUGAGAUACUUGGGGUUCCUUCUGUGACCCAAAUUACUCAAUCUAGCACAGGAAAUUGGGCAGGGAAGGGAACUUACUUGUUUUCACAACAGUUGUUGGUUCUCUAAAAGUCCUAGUCUGUUGAUGACAGGAAGAGUGUAUCUGACUUGUGACACCAAUUAUUCAUGUGCAGGGUAGCCUUUCCACACCUGCCCAAGAAUGGGAAAGAUAAGCUCAAAUCUUUCCAAAGACAGGACCAGUAUUUGUACUGCUUUGCCUGCUUGAACUGAUACAGGUCCUUCAGAUGUAUCCUCUGGAGCUCCUCAGGCAGCUUUUGUCCUUAUUUGUGCCAGUGAGGAAAAGAACUAAGAUGUUUAAUUUUGUAAGGCCUUUGCCAGGGCCAGCCCUGCUCUCCAGGCCCAGUGCCAGAGGAAAGAGUCUGAUCACAAUAAGAAUGCAUCUCCCUCCUACUCCUGGGCUCUGCUCCACAAAAGGCCACCCACAACAAACACUUGCCAGUACCUCAUGCCCCUCAGACAUGUUCAAAGAUGCACCCUGAAUCUGCAGAUCCACAGCACACAGGAAGGGAGAAGUUUCUGUAAUUUAAAAGCCUAAAUCUGGCUUGCUGGAUGAAUCUGCUUUUGUUUCUGCAUUGUUCUGUGGGCAUAUUCUGGAUGAGGAGCUCUCACAGCUGGUAGGGGGGGUCCUGCUUUCCCCCCUUGGCUCCCAGCAAUAGCAGAGCUCACAGACCCUAAAGCCCUGAUAGAUGGAGUUUGGCAACUCUUGGAGGAAAUGGAAAGGAUUUUUACAUGGAAAGCUGGCAGAUGCAUGAUCUACUGAUUCUUGGAAAGCUUGCAAAAGUUUACAGUUUAGCUCUUUACCAUGGGUACAUAACAGGCUUUAUUCCACAACAAGCACUGUGGGCUCAGGGAACAAACAUAAACUUGCAUCAGAGGAAAAGCAGAGGGAAAAGCCCCAAGGCUACUUCAGGAGAUGUUACGCUAAUUAAUCAGUAAAAAUGCAUUUCUAAAAACCAGGCUAAGCUGCUACUUUCUGUUCCUGGAAAUACUUUCUUGUUCUUACCACAAUGUUGCAUUACUCUGCUUUACCUUGCAAUGAAAUGGAUCCUCAAAAGCUCUUUUAAAUAAAAUGUGUUCCCCAAG